UGUUUGGCUGGGAGUUUCAAAGCCGGGAGGAAAGCAGCGGCGGCAAAAAGCGCGCCAAAGGCAGAGAGGCGCCCAGGAGCCAUGCAAAGCCGGGCGGGCGCUUGUUGGCGACCCCAGCCUUCCUUGGCAGCCUCGGAGGAGGGCGGGAGAAGCCUUUGCCGCCCCAGGAAGAUGCCCCUCGGGUCGGGCACCCCUUGGGGGCUGCUCCUCUUCCUCCUCGCCUUUGGGGUCAGCUCCUGCAAAGGUGCACCAACAGCACCCCACAUCCUGCAAGGAGAACAAGAUUUACAGUUGUGGAAUGAGAUAGAUGAUGUGUGUUCUACUUACUUGACCAGGGAAUCGCCACCUCAGUCCACAAAUACAAUGGAAGAGCUUUGCUUUUUGGUUCUGGAAUUUCUGCAAAAAACUCAGGAGUUAGAUGAAAAGGACAUCACAAAAAGAUUCUUAUUUCAUUAUUCUAAGACCCAUGAUAUGGGCAACUCAAACAACCUGUUGUCUGUUCUGCAUCCUUUGCUGAAACUUGUUCCCCAACUGCAUGAGACGAGGCUGAAGAGAUACAAAGACGAUGAACUUCGAAUACCUGGAGGAAUUCAAAGUAGGGGCUACUUUAUUUUCAGGCCACGCAAUGGAAGGAGAUCGGCUACAUUUCCUUAAAAUGAAUUGUUCAUCCUUGAACGUAGAAUCACUAUACGAGUACAAACAAGAUGAGCAUCUUAUCCUUUAUUACAUAUACAACUGGAUUUUUUUAGAUAUUUUAUUUCACAAGUCAGUUUCUAUAAUUAAAAGUGCAAUAUAAUCCUCUGCAUGUUUACUUACUAGUAAGCCGCAUUAAGCUUAUUGGAGCUCACUUCCAAGUAACAGUGUACAGGAUUGUAGCCUGAGGCACAAAUGUUUCUUUCUUGAAGCACCUCGAAAUAAUUAUGUUUCUCCUUAUUAUAAUGUUUGUAACUGUGUGUAAUAAAACUAAAAUAAUAAUAAUUUCGGUGUUGGCAUAAUUGCAUGCAAAAAACGUUGUCAAUAGCAGAAAUGCUAAAUAAAGGGUUCCCCUAUCCUUUUAUUGUAAAUAAAGGCACUCAGUAGAGAA